CCGGGAGGCGAUCACCCAGGAUCUGCUCGGCCACUAGCACACAUUACGUCCUAGGAUGAUGACCCAGAGGUCCGAUACAGGAGGCGUGGAGGUUCAAAAGACCCAGCGUCGCCGCUCCUCGCUACCGAGCCACAUUUCGUUCAUUGCAUUUUGAGACCCUGUAACACGUUGUUACGGUCAAACUUCAACCAUGGGUCUAAAAGCCUUCCUCAAGAAAGAGCACAAAACGCCUUCCAACGGCGAUGUUGCUUCUCACACGACCGCAUCGGAUAAAGACGAUAUGGAGGCAUUCGGACACAACACCGACAUAACGACGGGAUGGACAGGCGAUGGAUUUGCCGGAGCAACCGAGUAUCCAAAUGCUCCGGGAGAGAACUACCGUACACUGGGCCGAUGGCGAGCUUGCGUGAUCCUGAUCACGAUCGAAGUCGGAAUCGGAAUCCUCAGCUUGCCCUCCGCUUUAAAGACGCUCGGCCUGAUCCCUGGAAUUAUCGCGAUCCUCGGAUUCGGUGGUCUGACGACCUAUUGCGGUUACAUCCUUCUCCAGUUUUACAGGAAAUAUCCUAUGGUUACCAAUCUGGUAGACUGCGCGUUGUACGUCGGAGGCAAGCCAUUCGAGUGUUUCCUUGGAAUCGCUUUCGUUUUCAACCUCGUUCUUAUCUGCGCUUCGGCCAACAUCACUUUGUCGGUCGCACUCAACACGCUUUCGCGCCACGCCCUCUGCACGGUAGCUUUCUUAGCUUUCCCUCAUAUUCUCUGUUGGCUGCUCUGUAUUCCACGAAAGCUAUCUUUUGCAGCCGCAGCUAGCUGGGUCUGCACAAUUUCCAUCGUAGCUGCAGUUCUGAUCGUCAUGAUCGCGCUUGGUGUUGGUGGACCACAAGCUCCGCCAGGUUUCGAGGCCAAGAUAGUUCUGGUCGGAAAGCCUAGCUUUGUCGAGGCUGUCAAUGCUCUGCUCAAUGUCGCCUUUGCUUUCGCGGGAAAUCAAAGCUUCAUCAGCGUUAUGGCCGAAAUGAGAGACCCAUCCAAGGACUUUGCCCCUGCUCUCUUUAUGCAGAAGUCAUUCGAGGUCGUCAUCUACAUCGUGGUCGCUUGUGUCAUCUACGGUCUGGCAGGCGAUGCGGUUACAUCUCCUGCGCUUGGUUCUGCGCCAGAGUUGACAGCUAAGAUUGCUUACGGCAUUCUUAUUCCUUCUGUACUGGGAACCGGCCUGAUCAUCGGUAUUACUGCCAUCAAGUUCAUGUACAUCACUAUCAUGCGUAACAUGAAGCCCGAGGCUGUCAACGUACACAACGCCUUCACCUGGACCCUUUGGGUUGGACUCGGUGCCCUCUUCUGGAUCGUCUCUUUUGUCAUCUCCAACGCGAUACCCAUCUUCUCCUCCAUCCUCAACAUUUCGUCUGCCAUCUUCAUCUCCUGGUUCACUUUCGGGCUCACGAGUAUAUUCUGGCUGCAUCUAAACUGGAAGACGCAAUGGAGUUCACCAAGGAAGAAGGCUGUAGCGGCUGUCAACUACGCUAUCAUGAUGGUGACUGUUUUCCUGAUGAUAGGAGGACUAUACACAUCAUUGAAGGCGCUCAUUGACAUCUACAAUGAUCCCAAUAGCACUCUGAACGGACCGUUCACUUGCGCGGAUAAUAGUAUAUUCUAGAUGAUAUCACGUAGUCGAAACGAUAGUUUAUCACUUCACGCCCAAGUGCUCACUACACACGAUCAACGGCGACUUCUUUCCAGCCUGACUUCUUGUGCAAUGGAGUUCAACUCGAGGAAACUCCCUGCGACGAACUAUGCUUCGAAAGAAGCAACAGCCGCCCGCAGAGUGGAGGUGUAGGUGGUUGUGGC